GACAUAAUAUUACUUAUUGUUAUGAUUCUAUUAGAAUGCACAAAUAUCUUAUUUAAAUUUUGUAUAGAUAAAUAUAGCAAUAUUACGAGAGUAAUACAGAGAUCAUUUACUGUUUGAACAAUAGCAAUAAUUGUGAGUGUUAUGUUCAUAGACGCUUCUCUUCCAUUAACAAAUUAUAAAACACAAAAAGAAUUACCUUCACUACUGAAAAGGAUAUAAAUGCUAUGCAAUACAUGAUCAUUAAAAAUAAAAAGAAUUCGUUGAUAUAGUAACAAUAAUACUCCAUAUAGGUUAUGAAAAAAACACGUGUGAAUAACCCUUUUACAUACGAAAAAUAGAAUUUAAUAAAAUUUGUCGAAGAUUAACAAUGGUAUUCCAAUUAACAAUAAUGCCCAUAUAAUUAAUAUAUGAAAACUUACUUCUGAUAUAAAAAAUAAAAAUUUACUUGCUUAAAUUGAACAAACUAACUCUUCACAAAUAAAACACGUCGGCUAAUUUAUCUAAAUUCAUAUUGGCAAAUACAGAAACGAUAGAAUUCGAAAUAAUGCCAAUUGUCUCAUAAGUUAAUCUGUAUCAUUAUACUCAAUUAUCAUGUAACAAUUAAAAAGCGUUUUGCAAUAAAACUUCAUUGAAAACGUAUCUUCCCGGCAAGUUGACCGUUAAGUCUCACCUUGUCGUCUGAAAGAACCGAAAAGAAAGCUCGUCAACAUUUUCUCAUUCUCUUAAAGGAAACCGGUCUUCCGAAUCGUGAAAGAAAGACUUACCAUAAUUUCCAAAGUAAAGGAGUAAUAACAAGGAUCACUUUAUAUAUGAAGAAAUAUGUAAGAACAAUUCGUAGAAAUAGCAAAAGGAAAGCAAAGUUAGUUACGCUUAACCAAUAACGCAUGCACAAAGUAUAUUUUCUGAAAGGUUUGGUAUUUGAAAUUGACAAAAAUGAGAGUCUAUAUAGAUGAUGAUAUCCAUACAGUGCUUAAUUGCAUGUUAUGCCUAAGGCUAAGAAAAAAUCUUACCUUAAAAAGGUAAGAGAAAUGCGUGAAUAUAGAAGACAAAAAUUGAAGGAAGAAACAUUAGAGGAACGUACUAUUAGAUUAUAUACUGCUGCUGAGAGAAUGAAGAACGCUAGAGCUAAAGAGACAGAAGAGCAGGCAGCAAUAAGAAGAAUGCAGGAAGCUCAGCGCAUGGCCAGGCAUCGUGCUAAAAAGAAGCGCUGCUUAGAUGAAAACUUAGCAAGGGAAAUUUCGAAAAUUGCUGAGUUGUCUAAAAUGCCAGAUGCAGCUACGAUAGCUCAAAUGUCAGAGAUGAAUAUGAAUAAAAUCUCUGCAGAAUUGAAACAAAUGAUGGAAAGAGGAAAAGUACCAGAACAUAUAGUUCAAAUGGCUCAACUUGCGGAGUUCAGCAAAAUGACUGAAUUGAAUAAAAUGUCUCAGGAUAUGGCUAAAAGAUACGAGAUGGAAAAAAUGGCAGAGUAUGCCAAGACAACAGAAUACAUGAAGAUGCAAGAAAUUGCAAAGAUGUCUGAGAUUGCCAAGAUGAACGAGAUGGUAAAGCUCUCAGAAAUUGCUAAAUACAACGAUAUCACGAAAAUUAACGAAAUUGCGAAAAUGAAUGAAAUGAUGAAAAUGUCUCAAAUGGCAAAAAUCAAUGAAGUUCAAAGAAUGAAUGAGAUAGCCAAACUUAACGAAAUGGUGAAGAUGACAGAAAUGGCGAAAUAUAAUAAUGAUAUAACAAAAUUAAAUGAAAUUGCGCAAAUUAACGAGAUGGCUAAAGAAAUUGCAAAGAUGAAUGAAAAAACGAAAAUGACCGAGAUGAUUAAAAUAGCAAAUAUGCAAAAUGACAUUACAAAGAUGCCUGAAUAUUCGAAAAUGGCAGAAAUGGCAAAAUUAACCGAGUUGGCUAAAUUAAAUGAAAUAACGAUAACAAAAUUAAAUGAUCCACCACCACCACCAAAGGUACCAGAAAUUCCUCGAAUCCCUGAACCUGUGAUCACUGUGCCAAAUCCAAGAAAUUUGCAAAAUGUUCAAACUGUUCAAGUAGCGCAAGCUAGCCCAUCCAGUACAAUAAACUUUCCUACUGUGCCUGGUCAGGGUAAAUAUGCUCAGUUACUGGUUAUUAUCGAGGAGCUUGGAAGAGACAUUCGCCUUUCUUAUGCUGGAAGUCGCAGUGCAGCUGAACGCCUGAAGAUGGGUAUUCAGCAUGCUCGAAUUCUUGUACGAGAAUGUCUACUGGAAACAGAACAUAACGCACGGCAAUGAUCUGCCGAUAUACUUAGCGAUUAGAUUUUUAGUCGAUUAUUUUAUAAAGUAAUACUAUGUACAUUGUAUGCAGUACAACAGUAUAUUUUAAAGGGAGUGUCUUAGCAUCCACAAAAACGUGUAUAGAAUAAAUAACAAUUAUUAUUUCCUAUUACAUGAUCUUACUAGUUUGUAUGUUUAAUAAAAGAAAAUAUGAGCAGCUAGUUGUUUUAAAUAAUGGAAAGAUUAAGAAAGUAAUAUCUGUAUAAUUUAAUAUCACUUUCAAUAAUCAAUGAAAUGAUUUAUGAUAUGCACUUUUGUGGAUGCCUAAAGAAAAUUAAUCAAUCAAUAGCGCAUAAUAUUGAAUAUAAAUUAAAUGACAUGAAAAAGAUUCGUUUUUCACUUUAGUUGAUUAUUUUUAUUAGAAAGAAUGUAAAGAUGACCAUUUUCUAUGCAAAGAUUCAAAUUAUGAAGGAAUUAUUCCUUCACAUUAAGUUCUCGAUUAGUGAGUAGGAAACAUAAUAUUAGGCAGGGAGAAUUUGUACACUGUGAAGAGCCUUCAUUUAUAUUUUCUAAGGAAAGUUUAUUACUGCAUUUUUUGGUUGAAACAUGGGUACCUAGUAAUUACCUACAAUAUACAUGCAAGGAAAAGAAAUUGAUCAAACAAAAUGUACCUACGAAAAGUAUAAUCCUUGAAUAUUACCGAUUGCAAGGUAUAACUAAAUAAAAAAAAAAAAACAGUUUUGUACAA